UUUUCAGAUGUUACACCCAAAACUGCUAAGAACUUUCGAGCCCUCUACACCGGGGAGAAAGGAAUUGGAAAUUCAGGGAAGCCCUUACACUACAAGGGCUCUGCAUUUCACCGCAUUAUUCCUGGCUUCAUGUGCCAUGGCGGAGAUUUCACGAGGGGUAAUGGAACAAGCAAAGAAUCCAUAUAUGGACUGAAGUUUCAAGACGAGAAUUUCAAACUGAAGCACACCGAGCCUGGUCUUCUUUCCAUGGCAAACGCCAGGCGAAACACUAAUGGAUCUCAGUUCUUUAUCACCACCGUUACUACUUCAUGGCUUGAUGGGAAUCACGUCAUGUUUGGGAAGGUGGUUGAUGGCUAUAAUGUUGUCAAAGCGAUGGAAUGCGUGGGUUCGAAGUCUAGGAAGCCUGCAUUAGCAGUUUUGGGCUUCCCUCAAUUAAUGCCGAAAAAAUGCCAGAAAAAGUGGGAGGUCGCCGAAGAAGAAGACAAGAAUAAGAUAUGGAAUGCUCCCUUUACGGGAUAUGGAAUGCUCCCGGUUAAGGGAUAUGGAAUGCUCCCGGUUAAGGGAUAUGGUAUGUUCCCUUUAAGGGAUAUGGUAUGUUCCCUUUAUGGGAUAUGUUAUGUUCCCUUCAUGGGAUAUGGUAUGCUCCCUUUACGGGAUAUGGUAUGCUCCUGUUACGGGAUAUGGUAUGCUCCUGUUACGGGAUAUGGUAUGCUCCCUUCAUGGGAUAUGUUCCCAUUAUGGGAUAUGAUUGUUCCAUAA